GGUCAUAUGUAGAUAUUUAUCUUGUUGGCCUUUUAUUCAAACGAGGACCAAGCCUUUCUAGCGGACACUCAAGUAGGCCCGAUGCUUCGUGCCCGUCAUUGUACAAUACUAUGUAAGCGAUCAACCGGUAGGAUUGCCGUAGCGGUUCGCCUUACACUCUAUUAUAAUAUGCAGUGACCUUUUUUCUUUCUUGUAUGUAGUAUUACUUAAGUUGAUAUUACAUAGUCGCUUCCCAAGUAGUCAUCGCAGUGGGCUCGCCAGCCAAUAACAUUGGCCAUUUCUCUUCGCAAGCGCCGAUACUAGACGAUCCUACACAUGAGAAGGCGGAAGCAGUAAGGCGUGCUCCACCGAUAUUUAUAUAUAUACAGUAUAUUUCAAGGGGGGAUGGGAUAGUGGUUGCCAACUUGCCAAUAGUUAACUACAUGAAUAAAGAACAAGAAACUAUGUGCGGCGCGGAUCGCCAAGGAGGUUCCAAAAUCUCACUAGAAGAAGAUCGUCGGUCGAAAAUCCUGGCAAGAUGGAGAAAAAAAAAGAGGAAACGCGUUGGCUGGGGGGGGUUUGUAGGUAGUUUAUUUUACAAGAGAGAAACCGUUUAAAUGGGUAGUUUUUUUUGGGUUUGAGAUUCUUACUGGGACUUUUCUGAACCUGAAUGGACGUACGUAGGGAGUAUUGUCUUCCCUAAUUCCCCUUUUUUUUUCGUCCCCUCAAUAUUGUAAGAUCUUGUGUUCUGGGAAAGCAAUGUGUCGAUGGCGGCAGCCGAUCAUCACCACCCCGGCCACGAGCCGUACAGCACGCUCGAAGUCUACGACAUGAACGCCUCGGCUCGCCAAGACGCGCACAAGGAAUUCGUCCCGCACCCGGAGUCCCAGUAUCCGCAGGUGGCCGACCCGCGAGAGGCUAGUAAAUAUGAUAGCACGAAACCAGAGGUCGUCGACAAUAACAACAGCAACACAGGGGGGAUAGGGACCGGGACCGGGACCGGGAAUAAUGACGACAAAGAAGUUGGUAUUGCUGCUGCUGCUGCUGCGACGACGAAUAAAGGGCGGAGAAUAUGCGGGCUAUCGCCACGCUUGUUUUUCCUGAUACUGGGUAUCGCGAUCCUCGUCAUCAUCGGAGCUAUCGUGGGCGGCGUCGUCGGGAGUCGGAGCAAGAAAGGCCAGAGCUCUGAUUCGUCAUCCUCAUCGCAAGACCCAGCAACAGGCGAGGAAAACACAACCAUCCUCAGCACAUCCAAGCUCGCAGCCUCGAACUGGACAGACCCGCAGGGCGUCUCCCACCGGAGCGUCUUCUUCCAAGACCCCGCCAACGCCAUCAUCGCGCGGCAAUGGGAGUCGCAGAACCGGACCUGGACGACGCGGAACAUCAGCGCGCUGCUAUCGACGUCGACGCGGGGGCCCAUCGCCCCAAUCCCGGGGACCUCGCUGGCCAGCGCGUCGUGCGACCGGCGGCAGGCGUCCAAGUACGAGGUGCACCUGUGGUUCUCCGAGACGUUCAACGCCACCGACCGCAUCAGCUGGGUCAUCUCCAACAGCCCGACCACGGACCCGGACUUCUGGGUGUACGAGCCGUCCGGGCUCACGACGUGGAACAACACGCAGCUGGCGGCGGCGUGGCAGCGCUGCGCGCGCGACGAGUGCCCGGGCACGUUCACGGUCGCGUAUCAGGGCCCCUCGGGCUUCAUCAGGUUCGCGAACUCGAGCGGCUGGAUGAACGCGACCGAUCCCGUGGUCAGGGGAAACGCGGUCUCCGCGGGCGCGAGCCUGGCGCUGCUGCCGGGGUCCCGGAACGAGACGCUGUUCGAUGGGCUGACGCUGGCGUCGCAGCGGAGGCCGGGCAGCAUGGAGAUUUCGGCGUUCGAGGGCGAUGCGCGGUGGAAGGAGUAUGACGGCACCCUCCUCGAAAACCUCGACCCCGCCCAAACCGUCCAAUUCGCCGCGACCACCAUGAACGAGUGGUCCUCGGCGCUGUACGUCUCUCUCCUGCGCGACGGCAGCCUGCGCGCCGCUCGAACAGACGGCGGAAACAACACGUCGUCGAGCGAGAUAACCGAUAUCACCUUUGCCGGGGGGGAGCAGCAGUCGACGAACUUCUCGGCGAUCGCGAUGACGACGGACGCCAUGUUCUACGGGAUAGCGGACGGGCAGAUCUGGGAGUACGCGGUUGAUGAGGCGGAUCCGAGGACGUUUACGUUGGUGGGGAAGGUGUGGCCUAUUAUUUAAUGGUAGUUGAAUUCGUAUAUAUAGACUUCCUCGUAAGAUAGCCCAUCAGGUAGCUUACCCAAAUAUUAUAUCCCCAUCGAUAUACGGCUUUGAUCGUCAAAAUCGCCAAACCUAAGAACCCAGGCUAGAUAUCUACCUACCUAGACAGGCUUUAACGCCUCUAACAACUCCGACUCACCCAUCCUGCGCAGCAUACAAGUCCACCACAAGCGGCCCCCCAGACCCCGUAAGCGGCCUUCGUGUCCACUUU